GUUUGAGACAUGAAAUGCUUUCAUCAAUCCGAUUAAAACGAAACACAUACGUAGACAGUCAGAAUACGGUCAUUGUCGACGACGAUCUUCAGUACUUUAUGCGACAUCAACCAGUGAAGAUGUUUCGUGCUAUCGUUUUUAUUUCGUUUUUUAUUUGUUCGGCAUAUAGUGCCACAACGGACAUAAAACCGUCGCCGAUUAAUCCAUUAGUAACGGACAUAAAACAACCGCCGGUUCCAUCAGUUAAAGCCACAGUGACCAAUACACUAUGGACGGAUAUUGGUUUGAAGGAGCCAUCGGCACUGAUCAAGGUCGAAUACAAAAAUAACGGCAAAGUGACGGCUGUGACGCCCGGUGCUAUUGUGGAAAAGAUAAUAGCUGGACCGGCUCCGAAGCUAGUUUGGCAAUUGGAAAAGAAUGCUAAGUACACAGUGGCUAUGAUCGAUCCAGAUGCACCUUCUCGCAAAGAGCCCACUAGAAGAUCUUGGCUCCAUUGGUUGGCGGUGAACCUCGAUAAAAAUACCAUUCCACACGACAACACUCUCGCCCAUUAUAAAGGACCAACGCCACCGAAGGGAAGCGGUCAUCACCGUUACAUUUUCUUGGUGUUCAAACAAACAAAGGAUUUUGAUAGCAAGGUUCAAAAUGAGAUUCGUAACAAAUACAAGGACAACGCAGGCGCUCGUGGUGGAUUUAAUGUGAAAGAGUUUGCCCAACAACAUGGUUUAGGUGACGCCGUUGCGUUCAAUUACUUUGAAACAGAAACAAAAUGAAAAACAAAAGUGUUAAUGAGCAAACAAACUUUUAAAAUUGAGUAAUAAUAAAUAUUGAUUUUGC